AUGUUCAUGAUCAUUCGGGAGACACCAGCAGCAGGAGGCGCUCCGGGUGCUAUGAGCGCUCCGCCCGAAAGGACUGCAAAACAGGUUCAAGCUGCGAUCAAGAAGAAAGUGGAGAAGCAGAAGAAGAGAAGAGACGGGCAGGAAAAGACGUCCGGCGAAGUCCCAACGCCGCAGACGCGUCGACAAAAGAAAGUGGUGAGGCCAAACCCCACCGUGGAGGAGGCGCACGCACUAGAGAAGACCCUGGAGGAGCUGAUGGAGGGACCACACCGAAAAGAGCCCGAGGAGCCAGAGAAGGAGGCGGAGCCAGUGGACCUGCUACCCAUUGUCACCUCUGUGUUCGGACAGGACAGGGAGCUGAGGCCCGAGGAGAUUGAUGAGCUGCGAGAGGCAUUCACAGAGUUUAUGAACAAAGACGGAUACAUCAGUCACAAUAAUCUGGGCGAGUGCAUGAGGACGAUGGGCUACAUGCCCACGGAGAUGGAGCUGAUCGAGCUGAGCCAGCAGAUCUGUGGAGGCAAAGUCGACUUUGAGGACUUUGUAGAACUCAUGGGACCAAAGAUGUUGGCCGAGACUGCAGACAUGAUUGGGGUCAAAGAACUGCGGGAUGCAUUUAAGGAGUUUGACUCCAACGGCGACGGCUUGAUCAGUUUGGCAGAGCUGCGUGAGGCCAUGAAGAAGCUGAUGGGGGAACAGGUGACAAAUCGGGAGAUCAAUGAGAUCCUGCGUGAGGUGGACCUGAAUGGGGACGGGCUGGUGGACUUUGAGGAGUUUGUGCGGAUGAUGUCGCGCUAAUGCUUCCACCUGUCAGAGGGGCAGACCGACAUUAUGCAAUAGCUGUUUAAAACACUGAAAUGAAUGAACAUCUGCUCAUCGGACCAUGGUUUUCUAUUAAAGGAAAUGUUAUAAAUAUAUAUAAUAUAUAUACAAUCAUAAGCAUCUAAAC